ACGGACACGCAUUUUCUUCUAUUUUCUUGAGUUUCGUAGCUGAACUGAAAAUUACUGAGCUUGAAAAUGAACACAUCAUCUAUGUCUAUACAAGCAUCACUUCCCCAUGAUAUUGCCCUCAAAAUUGCUUCUUCCCUUCAGGUAGCUGAUCUUUGCUCGUUGGGGAGUUGCUCUCAGUUUUGGUGGGAGUUAUGUGGUUCUGAUUAUAUAUGGGAGUCUCUUUGUAGAGAAAGAUGGCCUGCUCUUUCUCUGGAGAUUGAGGAAUCUUCAUCUUAUGACAACCAGACUCAUGAGGAAUGGAGAGUUUUUUAUAUAAGGAAGCACAAUGAAGUAGCAGGAAAAGCAGCAGGUUUGAUCGAGUUUGUUGACCGCUGUUUGGCGUUUGAGUCCAUUGAGGUUGGGCAUUAUCUAAAAGCAGUUAGAGAACUGGAUUCAAUGCAGUUUGGAUUUGAAGAUGUUCAAACAUUCUUCCUUAAAUCCAAGCACAAUGUGCUGCUGAACUUGAUUGGUUUGCACUACUGCAUUAUCUGGCUUGGUUUGCCGGGUGAGUGUGUCAUGGAAGUCCUAAGCAACUGCAAUAUUUCACAAAGGCAAGUACGUGUACAAUGGUGGAAGCUCGGGAGGUGGUUUUAUGGCUUUCGCUUGCGCGAUGAAUUACACACACGUACUGUCUCUUUAGAAGAUCUUGCAACAGGGAAGGAGGAAGAAGUUCUCGGGGUACUUCACCGAGGUGCAGUACACGAGGUGAUACGCGUUCAGAUCUCAGCUGCUAAACCUGCAUACACAUCCUGGUCAUUCCAAAGUGCACAAGACCCAAACUAGUAAAAGGUUAUUGUAUAUCAUGUAUAUAUCGGUUGUAAGUAAUUCACCUAUACUUCUGCAUAAGAUAAAAAUGAAAAAUUGUAAACACUCAAAGUUUACUUGCAAUGUAUCCUUUUAUAUUUAUGUUCUUGUAAAUAACAAAAUCUCACAGGGGAAGAAGCCUGUGUUAAUUGUAAAAUUGAUGAUUGUCGCGUGUAAAAAGCUGCAAUGUUGCAUUGUUUGUAUGAGUGAUGAUGUUAUCCCA